AUGUCGCUCGAUCCGCGAGAUUCACAAAUGAGGGGUAGGAGUAAGAGUCCCGGACGCGAAAGAUCGCGUUCGAGGUCUGGAUAUGAAGUGGAGGGAGUAAACGCACCUACACCGCCAGGUUUCGACUAUGAUGAGUCUCGCACUGGCAGGAACAGAUACAGGGAUUCAAGCCCAAAUCCUACGACGGGAUUCGGUGCAUCGAGAUUUGGUGGCACGACUGGAGCUGGUAUCCCCGAUACCUUGAAGAUUGAUGAGGUGCGGUACACGGAGAGGGAUAGGGAUAAUGAGAGAUUGCAUACUCCGGCUCAGUUUGACAAUUUGACUUAUGGAGAGGGUUACAUACCGGGUACUCCGGCCAAGAUCAAUGUUUAUGGCUCUCGUGAGCCUUCUCCAGCUGCUGUUCCGAGAAGUGCGGGAGGCUAUGGGAAGGAUGCUCAUACUCCCACUUAUAGUACCUUCAGCGACCGGUUGGCCUCACCUCGCGAGCAUGAUCUUAGCGUUGAUAGUCGCAGACUUGAGGAGACCCAUGGUCGUCAGAGAUCCGCAAGUUUUAAUGUUUCUGCCGGCGUCGGAAAACAUCAUGGCUCUCUCGCUGGUGGUGUGAGUAUUGGUCAUGAGCAUUCUUAUGCUCAAUCGUCCACCGGAUCUCAAUUCUCCGAUCUUUCUAGUCCUGGACCUCCAGGUGCAAGAUAUGGUACUCCAGCUAGUCCUGUGGCUGGAGGUGGAUAUGUAAGUGCUGGAUAUGGCAAGAGAGAAGAUGAACAUAAUAGAUAUACAGACCCGGCGGCGUGGAAAUAUGCACAGCCUGGUGAUAAGAUUUCCUUUUCCAGUACGACUCGGAAGACGGUAAUUGGGGGGGAAGGUCAUGCUCAUAGGGAUUCUUCACCUCCGAGACAUAUUAGACAUGAGAGUGCGUCGGCUCGAAGCAGUAGCUCUCGAAUCGUCUCGGAAUCAUUCGUCAGUUCUCGUCGUGAUGCUUCCCCCAAUCCUGCUAGACUGGGCGAUCGACUCAAUACCCUAAGCAUCAACACUAGUGGGCAUCUGGGUCACUCAUCCCAUGGCUCCCUGAGCUUAUCUCCCGGCGGUCAUUCUCACUCCCACUCUCUCAGUCUAGCCAAUGCCCCUGCAUCUCCCCUCCUCGAAUCCUACAAGGGAACCUAUCAAUCUAUAUCCCCUAUGCCCUCCCCAAUGCUCAUGGUCACCUCCCACUCCGACAUCUCCGAGACCUUCUCUCCGCUAUCCCCAUCAGGGGAAGAUCGAUCCUUUCGCCGCACGGCACGUUUUCACGAUGCCCAAGACGAAGCCGAAAUGCUCCGCGAUGCAUUGAAAGGGGAAAAUCGUGCUCCGGAUGUCCAUCCCCUAAUUACCAUUCUCCCGGGCCUAACUCAUGAGCAAAUCCUCGAUUUGCGUACCGAGUAUAAGAAGAUUGUUAAAACGGGUCAUGAAAGGAAAGGUGUCAAUAUCGCUAAACAUAUUAAGCUGCGUCUCAAGGAUGAAGAUCCUAGUUUGAUGAAAGCUUGUUAUGCGGUUGCCUUGGGACAAUGGGAGAGUGAAGCCUACUGGGCUAAUUUCUGGUAUCAAGGAGAGAAAUCUCGUAGGGAAUUACUCAUUGAGAGUUUGAUGGGACGAUCGAAUCGCGAGAUUCAGAAGAUUAAGGAUGGCUUUAGUGAUAAGAAGUAUCGCGAUUCUCUGCGUCAAUGUAUGGAGAAGGAACUCAAGGAGGAUAAGUUCAAGAAGGCGGUUUUGCUAGUGUUGGAUGAGAAGAGGAUGGAGGAGAGUAGGAGGAUUGAUGGCGAUUUACUGAGAGAGGAUAUUAGACAGUUGGAGAAGUGUGUCACGAGUGAGAAGGGGGGUGAGACGAGAAUGAUUGAGAUUGUUUGUUUGAGGAGUGAUAAUCAUUUGAGGGAGGUGUUGAGGGGUUAUGAGGAGAAGUUUGGGAGAAACUUUGCUAGGGAAAUGUUGGGGAAGAGUACUAAUCUUGUUACAAUAUGGAUAAAUGUGUGCAUGCAUAAGUUAGAUGUUAGACGUUGGAUGGUUAUGAGAUUUGAGAAUAGGGUUGAGAUUGGGGGUGGUGUUUGUGUGUAUGGUUGA